AUGUUCGCCGCCAGACGCUGUGCUGCCUCAUCGCGGCAGCUGCUGCGCUCCCAGCCACCUCGUCGUUUCGGCUCCUCGCACGCUCACGCUGAGCCCGUGAACGAAAGCUUCGGCCGCAGCUUCUAUGUCACCGUUGGCAGCUUUGCCUCCGCCUUUCUGAUCUACCGCUACACCAAGGCUAGCAAGGAAUCCGGCUCCGAGUCCUGGAUCGGCGGCUUGAUUAGCAAGUACACCACCCCCGAGGACGUGAACGAGCAGCGCAAUGCCAUUCACACUGCUCUUCUGGAGAAGGCCGCUGAGGACCGCCACUUGCUCCAGAGUCAAGGACCUCGUGAGGCCUAUGGAUUGAUGCAGCCUGAUAUGAUGAACGGUGGAUCCCCCUACAACGUUUCUCCUGGUUCGCAGGCCGAUCUCAGCAAGGUGGUUGCCCAUUACGAGAACUUGAACAAGGAGAUUGAGCAGGCUCGUGUUGGCCGUCUGCAAGAUGGAAAGGUGGUCUCCAUCUACGAUGAGGCUAUCUAG